AUGGCGAGGCCGCGAAAGACUGUCCUUCUGUUCGUCUCAUGGAUAGUGGUAAUGACAGUAAUGGUUCCCCUAUUGCUGUCUACCACUGCUGAAGCUUUUGAUGUUCGAUUGCUGUUUACGAGAGGGGAAUUGAACCCACCCAAGUCUUGUAAGGCGCUAACAAAGAGGCAUAACCAUCCUGGUGGUUCUGGCAGCGGUAGUGGAGGUUCUGGCAGCGGUAGUGGAGGUUCUGGCAGCGGUAGUGGAGGUUCUGGCAGCGGUGGUGGAGGUUCUGGCAGCGGUGGUGGAGGUUCUGGCAGCGGUGGUGGAGGUUCUGGCAGUGGUGGUGGAGGUUCUGGCAGUGGUGGUGGAGGUUCUGGAGGAGGAGGUGGUGGAGCUACUGGAGGAGGAGGAGGAGGAGGAGGAGGAGGAGCUACUGGAGGAGGAGGAGGAGGAGCUACUGGAGGAGGAGGAGGAGGAGCUACUGGAGGAGGAGGAGGUGGAGCUACUGGAGGAGGUGGAGGUGGAGCUACUGGAGGAGGUGGAGGUGGAGCUACUGGUGGAGGGGGCGGUGGAGCUACUGGAGGAGGUGGCGGUGGAGGUGGAGGUGGUUCGACCUCUACAACGACCACCGUUACUACGAGCCAAGGCAACACUGUCACUACCAUCAUUUCUGGCACUACCACCAGCAUAAUUAUCAACUCUGAUGUCGUUGACAAUACCAUUGUCGCGAGCUUUUCCGCUAGCUCCUACUCCAAGGUCGACGACUGUCUCUACGCUACUGCUGCUCUCGUAGAUUGCUCGGUCGCAUUUAAAUUAAAGCCGGUUCCCCGUUCUGGUGGUCACAGUUAUGAGGAAUAUUCAUCACUGACGGAUUCAAUCGUUAUCGAUCUGAGUCGUAUUGCCUAUGUUUCUGUGGAUACAGCCACUUCCAUUGCGGUUGUUGGAGGAGGAAUACGCCUUGGUACUCUAUAUCUUAUUUUGGAAAAACUUGGGUUUACCAUUCCAGGACCAUUCGUUCCCACAAUUGGUAUUUCUGGACUAAUUUCUUCCGGCGGUUAUGGACUCGGUACUAGGAAAUAUGGUAUUACGGCAGAUUUAAUAAUCGGGGCCGUUAUUGUCGACGUUCAUGGAAAUGCACUGAGUGUUAGUGCGACAGAGAAUGCCGACAUUUUUUGGGCAAUCAGAGGAGGUGGAGGAGGCACGUACGGUAUAAUUACACAAUUAAAGAUACAGUUGCAGGCCACUUGGGCAGAUAGUACAGUAUUCAGCUACGACUAUGACUUUACGUCAGCAGCAACUGUGAUUAAAACCUAUUCAGAAUGGAGUGCAACGGCUGCGGGUGAAAUUACAAGUUUUUUGGGUUUUGCUGGUGGCAUUCUUCAAUUCCGUGGACAUUAUAUUGGAACCGUGAAAGCAGCAACUCCUAUACUUGGUGGAAGCGGUCUAGUUACUAUUCCCAAUAAGAACCCAAUCCUGAAAGCAUGCCCAUCUUUGCUAUCAAGAUCGUUUUUCCUUGGAGAUCUCACAUGUAAAAAUAACGGACUACUUAACGUUGGUACUGAUCCGUUUGCUCCAAUUGUUGGCGCUGUUGCUGGAGCUACUGUUACUGCAGGCGUCCUGCCGAAUAUUGCACCAGCUCCUCAGACACCUCGUGAAAAUGCCAAAGCCAAAUCGAUAUUCUUCAACGCGCCAUUCACCGUGGAGCAAUCUACUAGUAUCACAACAUUGCUUCAGUCUGCACCGGCUGGAGCCAAAGUCGAAUUCUUCGGUCUUGGCGGCAUUCUUGCAACUCAAGUUACGAACUUGACAGCCUACUUCCACAGAAAAUGGACGCUUCACGUUGUGGUCACUGUUAUACUUAAUGGUGAUGCCACUGCAGACGCACAAGCCAUUACCUGGAUUAAUCGUUGGGACACUGAAAUCAGGAUUUUCGCCACCACAUAUUCGUAUAAUGGUUAUGUUGAUGCGGAUCUGAAAAAUGCAACUACAUCUUAUUAUGGGGACAAUGAGGCUCGCUUAAAGAUUAUAAAAGGGCAAGUCGAUCCGACUGAUAUAUUUGGUGAUUCACAAUCAAUCUUCCCUCAAAUAGUCACCGACGGAGCUGGCCCAUGUAACGGCACCACCCCUCCCGGUCCCCCAAGCACGGCUAGUUUGCCGAAUAUAUUGAGCUCCUGGUCUGCUCUUGCUUUGACUCUUAUUACAUUGGUUUUCCCUAUCAUUUUAUAG